CUGCUCGGACCCCGGCGCUCAAGGCACCGUCGAGCGGUCUGUUCCAGGUCGUCAAGGCUCGGGUUCGGUAGACCGAGCGUCUUCUCCCUGCCGUUCCCGCCUCGGGCCGGCCGCGGCGCCGGGAGCCCGAGCGAUGCUACGCCGCCCUGCGCCCGCGCUCGCCCCGGCUGCUCGGCUGCUGCUGCUGCUGGCCGCAGGGCUGCUGGGCGGCGGCGGCGGUGUCUGGGCCACACGAGGUGCUCCCGACGACGUGGAUGUCACCUUUCAUGAUGUCACCUCAGGGCCGAGGACUCAACAGAGAUCCCUACACAAGGGCAGUGUUGGUGUGGCGGGCAAGGCCUUCCUUGUCCCGCUUCCUAGCAGCGCUGUCACUCUGGCUUUUCUUCCUCCCCCCUCAGUUAACAAGCACAAGCCAUGGCUGGAGCCCACCUAUCACGGGAUAGUUACUGAGAACGAUAACACAGUGCUGCUCGAUCCUCCCCUCAUCGCCCUGGAUAAAGACGCACCUCUGCGGUUCGCAGAGAGUUUUGAGGUGACAGUCACCAAAGAAGGUGAGAUUUGUGGCUUUACAAUUCACGGGCAGAAUGUGCCCUUUGAUGCAGUGGUGGUGGACAAAUCCACCGGGGAGGGAGAAAUCCGCUCCAGGGAGAAGCUGGACUGCGAGCUGCAGAAGGACUACACGUUCACCAUCCAGGCCUACGACUGCGGGAAGGGACCCGAUGGCGCCGGCAUGAAGAAGUCCCACAAAGCGACUGUUCACAUCCAGGUGAACGAUGUGAACGAGUAUGCGCCCGUGUUCAAGGAGAAGUCCUACAAAGCGUCCGUGGUGGAGGGGAAGCAGUCUGGCAGCAUCCUGAGGGUGGAGGCUGUGGAUGCAGACUGCUCCCCUCAGUUCAGCCAGAUCUGCAGCUACGAGAUCGUCACCCCAGACGUGCCAUUUACUGUGGACAAAGACGGUUAUAUAAAAAACACUGAGAAGCUAAGCUCCGGGAAAGAGCAUCAGUAUAAGUUGACCGUCACUGCGUAUGACUGUGGGAAGAAAAGAGCCACAGAAGAUGUUCUGGUGAAGGUCAGCAUUAAGCCCACCUGCACCCCUGGGUGGCAAGGUUGGAGCAAUAGGAUUGAGUAUGAGCCUGGCACCGGGGCUUUGGCUGUCUUCCCAAACAUCCAACUGGAGACGUGUGAUGAGCCGAUUGCCUCAGUGCAGGUCACAGUGGAGCUAGAGACCAGCCACAUUGGGAAAGGCUGUGACCGGGACACUUACUCUGAGAAGUCCCUUCAUCGGCUCUGUGGGGCUGCUGCUGGCACUGCCGAGCUGCUUCCUUCCCCCAGCAGCUCCUUGAACUGGACCAUUGGCCUCCCCACUGACAAUGGCCAUGACAGUGACCAGGUCUUUGAGUUCAAUGGUACCCAGGCAGUGAGGAUCCCAGAUGGUAUUGUGUCCCUUGACCCCAAAGAACCCUUUACAAUUUCUGUGUGGAUGCGGCACGGGCCAUUCGGCAGGAAGAAGGAGACAGUUCUCUGCAGUUCAGACAAAACAGAUAUGAACCGACACCAUUAUUCACUCUACAUUCAUGGGUGCAGACUGAUUUUCCUUCUUCGUCAGGACCCUUCUGAAGAGAGGAAGUACAGACCCGCGGAGUUCCACUGGAAGUUGAACCAGGUCUGUGAUGAGGAGUGGCAUCACUUCGUCCUCAAUGUGGAAUUCCCAAGUGUUACUCUCUACGUGGACGGUGUUUCUCAUGAGCCCCUCUCUGUGACCGAGGACUACCCGCUUCAUCCAACCAAGAUAGAAACUCAGCUUGUGGUUGGUGCUUGCUGGCAAGAGUAUUCAGGAGUUGAAAGUGACAAUGAGACUGAGCCUGUGACUGUGGCCUCUGCAGGUGGUGACCAGCACAUGACACAGUUUUUCCGAGGUAACCUGGCUGGCCUCACCAUCCGUUCUGGAAAACUCGCAGAUAAGAAAGUGAUUGACUGCCUGUACACCUGCAAGGAGGGGCUAGACCUGCAGGUGCCCGAAGACGGUGGCAGAGGCGUGCAGAUCCAAGCAAGCUCCAGUCAGGCAGUGUUGACCUUGGAGGGAGACGAUGUUGGGGAGCUGGAUAAGGCCAUGCAGCACGUUUCCUACCUGAACUCACGCCAGUUCCCCACACCUGGCAUCCGCAGGCUCAAAAUCACCAGCACGGUCAAGUGUUUUAAUGAGGCCACUUGCAUUGAAGUGCCCCCAGUCGAAGGCUACGUGAUGGUUUUGCAGCCCGAAGAGCCCAAGAUCAGCUUGAGUGGCAUCCACCACUUUGCCCGAGCAGCUUCUGAGUUCGAGAGCCCAGAGGGGGUCUUCCUCUUCCCUGAGCUUCGGAUCAUCAGCACCAUCACCAGAGAAGUGGAGCCUGAAAGUGACGGGGCUGAGGACCCCACAGUUCAAGAGUCCUUGGUGUCUGAGGAAAUCGUGCAUGACCUCGAUACCUGUGAGGUCACGGUGGAAGGGGAGGAGCUGAACCCGGAGCAGGAGAGCCUAGAGAUGGAUAUGGCCCACCUGCAGCAGAAGGGCAUUGAAGUGAGCCACUCUGACCUGGGCGUGGUCUUCACAGGCGUGGACACUAUGGCCAACUAUGAGGAGGUCCUGCACCUCCUGCGCUACCGGAACUGGCAUACCAGGUCCCUGCUUGACCGGAAGUUCAAGCUCGUCUGCUCCGAACUAAAUGGCCGCUACCUCAGCAAUGAAUUUAAGGUGGAGGUGAAUGUGAUCCACACAGCCAACCCUGUGGAACAUGCCAAUCACAUGGCUGCCCAGCCACAGUUUGUCCACCCUGAGCAUCGGUCCUUUGUUGACCUGUCUGGUCACAAUCUGGCCAAUCCGCACCCAUUUGCAGUUGUCCCCAGUACUGCGACCGUUGUGAUUGUGGUGUGUGUCAGCUUCCUGGUUUUCAUGAUCAUCCUGGGAGUGUUUCGGAUCCGGGCUGCCCAUCAGCGAACGAUGCGGGACCAGGACACUGGGAAGGAGAAUGAGAUGGACUGGGACGACUCUGCUUUGACCAUCACCGUAAAUCCCAUGGAGACAUACGAGGACCAGCACAGCAGUGAAGAGGAAGAGGAGGAGGAGGAGGAAGAAGAGAGUGAGGAUGGGGAGGAGGAGGAGGACAUAACCAGUGCCGAGUCGGAGAGCAGUGAGGAGGAGGAAGGGGGCCCGGGAGAUGGCCAGAAUGCCACUCGGCAGCAGCAGCUGGAGUGGGAUGACUCCACGCUCAGCUACUGACGGCACGCGCUGCCACCUGCGCUCCCGCCCGGGAAGACUGCCGCCCCUCUCCAGCCCCACGGGUCCACGAUGUACAAAAUCAUUUUGGCCAGCAGGUCUGCAGACCCCUCCCUCAUCGCUGAUCGUCCGCCUCUGCUUGGUGUGUAGCUCUUGUCCUCUGCCUCCGCCCUCCUUGUGCCCACCCCUCCAGCUAUGCCCUGGCCCUCCCUCCCUGGCUGCAUUCAUGUAGCACAGGGGCCCCAGCGGCACCCUGGACCCUAUGUGCCUGGAGUCCCCUGCCAUUUGGUGAGUGGACACCAGCCCCUCAAACCUCCAGAAAAGCUGCGGUGACUGGACUUGUUACAAGAAGUAAAAAUUAACUUCCAUCCCAUAAUCACCUUUCUUUCUUUUUCUUUUUUUUUUUAAAAAAAAAGGUUUUAUUUUUUUCCAAAGUAGUGCAUGUAUAAAUGGCAGAAUGGGGGUUAAUAUGUAGAUGAUCAACUGACUUUUUAAUAUUUUGUAAAUAAAUUGGGAUUUUUUUCGUGUCCUUUGUGCUAGUGUAGACAGGACAGGAAUGUAAAGUGAACUUCAGAAAGCAGGCGCAGAAGGUACCCCGGGCUCCUGUCCCCGCUCCUCCUCCCUCCCCUCCCCUGUAUCUUCCUCUCAGCUCCUUCCUGUCAAGAAACCAGGUUGGAGAGGUCCAAGUCACUGCGGCCUUUGUUGAGGUCUCUAAGCACAGCCAGUGGAUCAGGGGCCACAGGCCUUGAGCGCUGCUCCAGCAAGGCCAGGAGCCCCCUUUGGGAGGCCGGAAACAAAAAGUCUUCUUUGGAAUGCUGCCCGUUUGUGAUUUGGGUGUUGGGGUAUCAGUUGCCAGGACCCCCGGCCUCUUAACACGCUUCUCCUGUGAAGAGAGGCUCCCUGAGCAGCAGCCUGGACUCACCGUGUGCAACCUUGUAGAUGAUGCUCAAUAAACGCACACUUCCCCGCCAGUGAAAAGUAUGUGUAGGUCAUGGGAAGCGGCAGCUGCUGGGCCACUUGGUCUGGAGAGAGCAACAGCCUGAAGGGUCUGCACCUAGAGCAUCCAAAGAGACCCCAAAGCCUGAAGACAAAGUGCUGGAUGGAGGGCCAAACUCUCUCUUCUCCCCAGAGUGACGCACCUCGAUAGCAGGAUGCGGUGCGAGGAGGUUAAGAACUACACCCGGUAGCCAGGACUCCUGCGGCUUGGCUUGGUGGUGGGGCCAGAGGAGGGAACGUAAUCACAGUUAAACCCACUCGGCACUCAGCUUUUCAUUUACAUAUCAAAUUUUAGGCUUCUCCACCUGGAGAGAACCUGUGACCCUCACUGCUUGUUUUGAGGACCCUGACAGCUGUGCUGUGUUACAUGUGGCUGCCCUCCAUGUCCUGUCCCUGUAGCAGCUCUCUUUAGACAAUGGAAAGAUGCUAACGCAGAGAGGGACAUCCUUGUGUGCCGGUAUCCUUUCGGUGUCCCCUUUCAGAUGUGUAUAUUGAUGCUAGGUUGGAAAGUGUAUGCACUACAAUAAAGUUCUGGUCUAACUCUA